AAUGAGCUGAAAUUGAGCUAGUGUUUGGCGCGCAGAAUUUGAAGUUAAGCUUUGUGUAACCAAAAUGGGCCUAACUCGGGCUAAAGACGGCAAUCCGUCUACUCGCUUUUAUGAAAAUCCAGAAAUUAUUGCUACUUUUGACCCAGUGAGAAUCUGGUUGACAAGAAAUCACAAAAAGUAUACACAAACUGAGCCUCCUACGAAUAAGAGUCUAGCUACUCUGUGUUUUCAAUUGUUACAGUUCCAGGAAACCAAUUUCACAAGUACUUCGAGAACUUUUAUGAAAAUACCUUUCAAAUGUUUCAUGGAUUUCAAACCUGGUGGUGGUUUAUGUCACAUAUUCCUAACGUGUCUAAAGUUCCGUCACGAGAAUAAUUGGAAAAAAAUAGACCUUACUUCAUCAUCCAGAACCGAAAAACAUCUGGAAAUGUUCUCAGUCAUCGAACGUGAACUACUAACCUACAAGUGCAUGGAGAAACCAGUUGUUUACAUUUCCCCGUUGAUUGAAAAGACCUUGAAUUCAAAACUAAGGGAAUCUGCAAAACGAUUAAAUAUCUCUGUUGUCGAGUCACCUUCUGAGGCUACACAUAUUCUACAUCAACCUCCCCUGAAUUGGCCUGGUGAUAGUCGAGAUGACUUUCUGGUUCAACGUUUCCGAGUUUUGUUCCAUGAAGGUCGUGGAGUACUUUUGCACUGGUUAUACUCACCCGCUUCAUAUACUACAUGGUAUACAGGUCUGCAAUCUGAAUGGUCCAGUGAUACUGAAACCUCAUAUCUCGAAAAUGAAAAUCAAUGGGAUGUAGAUGCUCGUUGGCUUCUGUAUUCAGACGAAAUGUAUGAAUGGAUGGUUGAAGAAGAUUUUUUAGUGCCAACGUCUUCUGUGAAACCAAGACCAACAUACUCACCUGAAGAAUUCAUGACUACAAAUUCAUCAGCGACAGCUGUUACUAACAAUUCUUCACAUUAUACUGGAUCCUUUACACCAACUUCUCAUACGGAUAGCGGAAGUAAAAAGAAACGUCGUAGAUCGCCUUCUCCGUCAGCAUUUGACUCAACUAUGCCAAAUGUUAGCGGUAAGAAAAGACGCCCUGGUUCAUCCUUUACUGGUUCACAUGAACGUUCAAGUCGUGGGCCAAGUAGUCAUGGGGGAUCUCGUAAAAUUCGAAAAGAGGAUGAAGACGAAUCAUUUUCAUGUCAAACUGGUCCACAAGAUCCUAACAAAGAGGAUACAAAUGAUACAGACAUUACUAAAGAUUUUGAUGAUCCUGAACCACCAAAUAAAAUUACACAAAUUACAUCAUCAAAUGGUUCCACAACAUCAGGAUUCAAUGUAUCACGACCAACACGUACUAAUAAUAGUAUUAAUGCAUCACAUGGUGGGGGAGGUGAACUGGGUAUUGGUAAAUCGUUGUUUGAUCUAGAUGAAGAUAAUGAAACAACCGGUGAUGCUAUGGAUGGAGGUCUCAAUGAAUAUCACACUAGUGGCGGUAUAAGUGGAGUUGGUGAAAUGAGCUCUGUCAAUUGUGCUCAAAAUGGUGAUGAAAGUCGACAAAGUGUUAUUCAUACUGAUUUAAGUGUAACAGAACAAGCUCAUUGUAUAGUGAUACCAUCUUAUUCAGCUUGGUUUGAUUAUAAUGCUAUACAUGGAAUUGAACGUCGUGCAUUACCAGAAUUUUUCAAUGGUCAAAAUAAAAGUAAAACACCGGAAGUUUAUUUGGCUUAUCGUAAUUUUAUGGUUGAUACAUAUCGUUUAAAUCCUCAGGAAUAUCUUACAUUUACAGCUUGUCGAAGAAAUCUCACUGGUGAUGUUUGUUCAAUUCUUAGAGUUCAUGCAUUUUUAGAACAAUGGGGUUUAAUUAAUUAUCAAGUUACUGCACCAUUAACAACAAUAACAAAUUCAUCAUCAUCAAAUGGAAUCAAUAAUUUAAAUGGUACUUCUAGUACUACUAUUGGUGCUACUACCACUACUACUAAUACUGCUGGUAAUAAUUCAUCAGAAGCUGCUCGUCUUGCAGUAGCUGCUAGUUUAGGACCACCAAGUACUGCACAUUUUCAUAUAUUAGCUGAUAGUGCUAGUGGUCUACAACCAAUUGGUACACAAAAUUUAGCUGGAACAAAUUCAAUAAUUCCACCUAUUACUACUAAUAAUAAUAGUAAUACUAUUGAUAAUGGUAGUAAUAUUACUACUACUACGACGACGACUUCAACUGACGGGAAUCAAUUAGAUCCGUAUAAAAUGCAAUCUAAUACUAAUAAUGACGGUAAUAGUAAUGAUACUACUACCUCAUUAAUCAGUAAUAAUAUACCUAAACAAGAAUUACAAGGAACCGAAUGUGCGAACGCAACAACGACGUUAAAUCCUACAAUUCCUGCUUCUGUAACAACUGUCAGUUCUGGAAUAUGUAUUACUAAUAGUACACAACCUUUAAAUAAACAACCAAUUAUCGGUGAUCCAAAUUUACGUACAGAUCAAUAUCUUACUAAUGCAAGCAUUGCGAAAACUACUUGUUUAAAUUCUACGGAUAGUCGUAGCCAACCUUCUACAACUAAUUUAGACGCAACAUCACAGUCGGUAAUUGUUAAUAACAAACUUAUGAAAGGUGCUACACAAAGUGGUUGGAGUGAUCAAGAAACUCUAUUGUUAUUAGAAGCCUUAGAACUUUAUCGGGAUGAUUGGAAUAAGGUUGCUGAACAUGUAGGAAGUCGUACACAAGAAGAAUGUAUUCUUCAUUUUCUACGUCUACCUAUUGAAGAUGCUUAUUUAGAAGGUUCAGAUCCUAUAUUAAAUUUAACAUCAUUAGCAAAUUCCAAUCAUCCUACAUUGCCUUUUUCAAAAGCUGCUAAUCCUAUCCUAUCAACUGUAGCAUUUUUAGCCGCUGCUGUUGAUCCACGUGUAGCAUCAGCUGCAGCUCAAGCAGCACUUAUAGAAUAUGCUAAAAUGCGUGAUGAAGUACCAGCUGGUCUAUUACGUGAACAUAAAGCACGUGUUGAAAAUGCAGUAAAAUUAGGUCAUCAAAUUGAUCCACAAAAAUUUGGCUUAGAUGAAGUUGGUGGUAAUAAUCAAUUAAUGGAAUCAGAAAAAUUAUGUAAAUCAUCUACACAAUCAAUUACAACAGAGAAAUUAUCAGUAGUUGGUAAUGAACAAAUGUCAAUGGAUAAUGAUAUAAUAAAAGAAACAACUAAUCAUAAAGAAACUGUCCCAAUGGACACAACAAUAACAACUGUUCCCACUGACGACACCACGAAUGAAAGUAAAGUCACUGAAAAUCGUGAUAAACACGAUGAUGAUGAUAAUAUUAAUAACAGUAAUGUAACAACAAAGUUAGAAAAAUAUAAAAUGGAGGAAAAUGUAGAAAGUGAUAGCAGUAAAACUGAGCAGGUGACAAUUGACGAACAACAACACGAUUCAACUGAUGUGAAUCAGACACCGCUUACAGUAAUGGAUGAGACUCCUGUUGCUACUGCUGAAGUUGUUGGCAGUGACAGAAUUCAAACAAAAUCAUCUGAUGAACAAUUAAAGGAUACAAUUGAACAAGAAAAACUCACUAAGUCUGUUAUAGAUUCUUCUGCUACACAACAACUAGAAAAAUCAACUAAUGAACAAGUAUCUAAUGAAAAAUUAGUAACUAACACCCCAUCAUUAUCGUCUUCAUCUUCAUUACCACCGAAUCCGAAUAGUUUAGGUACAGCUGCAGCAUGUGCAUUAGCUGCUGCAGCUAUUAAAGCACGUCAUUUAGCCAGUGUUGAAGAAAAACGUAUAAAAGGUUUAGUCGCUCAAUUAGUUGAAACACAGUUGAAAAAACUCGAUAUAAAACUUAAACAAAUCCAGGAAUUAGAAAGUAUCAUGGAACGCGAAUAUGAAAUGAUUGAGCAAAUGCGUCAACAGUUAUUACAAGAACGUCAAGCAUUUCAUAUGGAAGUGAUUAAAACAAUGGAGAAUCGUGCCAGAGCUUUAAUGCAUCAUCAUCAACAACAACAGCAGCAGCAACAAAGUAGUAACGUCGUUUUACCCCAACAACAACAACUACAGCAGCCACAAAAUCCUUCACAACCUACCUAUUCUGGUACUCAAAGCUCUUGUUCGGUAGUAAUGAAUCCAGUCCUACACUCUAAUCCUUCAAUACAACCGGGACCUCAUGUUAUUCAACCAACUAGCAGUAAUUAUCCAGCACAAACUGCACCAAUUUCUAAUGAUCCAAGAUCGGCUUUAAAUUCUACCUCUACAAAUCUAACAGUUUAUCCAUCAUCAAAUUAUGGGACAAUCACAACAACAACUCCGUCUGCUUUGCCUUCUCCAAAUCAACAACUAUCAUCUGGUGGACAUAUUUCUCCAACACCUACUCAACUUAUUCAACAUCAUCCACGUGAUGAGUGUCAAGCACAACUACCGAUGACGACGAUAACCACGGUGACAACAACAACAACACAGCCAGCCUCUAAUACACUAGCACAAACAGAAACAACUUGUGAUUCUUGGUCAGAAUCUGUCUAUCCUAUUACAUCGGAACCACACACUGUUCGUCAAAUUAUUGAACCAUCGAAUGAUACGCCUGUACCUAAUAUCACUGUAACAAUUUCACAAAAUGUUGUAACUCAUUCAGAUCCUUCUUUGGCGGUUGUUACUACAAGCUCUAAAAUUACCCAACCUAUUGAUUCAGUCAGUGAAGAAGUGGUAUUUUUUGAAUCAUCUAAACAUCAUGCACCACCUUCUACUGAAGUUAAUGCAUGUACUGUUGCAAGCUUAUUAUCAGAUGAUAAUAAUGUUCCUGUUCCGUCUGUUUCUAGCCCAUCAGUUACUGAUACUAAUCCUCCUGAAUUGUCUACUUCGAACGAAGAGAAUAUUGUUCAAGGAGAAUAGUUGAUUCUGCCUUGUUAUUAACAUUAAAUCAAAUUAUUCUUACCAUUUUUAUCCCUGUUAUCAUUAUUACUAUUAAUAGUAGUAGUAGUGGUAGUAUUAACCUUAACAUAUUUCAAACUCUCAGUGAAUAUUCAUUUGUUAAAUUAUUCCAUCCUAAUUACUAUAUGUUAUCUUUACUCAUCAUUCUAUUAUUAAGUGUACCCUAUUAACUGGAGCAUUUAAUGUUAAAACAUUGUUAUAUUCUUUCUUUUUAUGUAAUACAUUGUGUGAUGAAUGUUUUUUGGGGGGGGGGCAGCGCGAUGAUUACAAUGUGAAUAGGAAAUCCAUUUUUUAUCCCUUAUUCUUUUUCUAUGUACGCUCUGUAUAUUUAUUAUUAGCUAGCAGAUAUUGGUAUGAGAGGUUUGUAGAGAUUGUUAUGUUUUCUAUAGUUUACACUAUGGAUUAAUCUUAUUU